CACCAGAAACCUGCGCUUUGACACACACACAACCCUUUUACGGCGGCCAUGGCAGCGUCAUCGAAAACCUCCAGCAUUGACGUUAAAAGUCUGGUUGAUAGGGUGAAGGAACGUCACUCGGUGCUCCUCUCAUCAUCGUCAUCAUCCGUUGAUCUCUACGCUUUUGUUUCCCCUUCUGCCUACGACACUGCGUGGCUGGCCAUGGUUCCCGAUCCUCAGCGCCGGAACCAGCCAGCGUUCGCUGCCUGCCUCCAAUGGAUACUGGACAACCAAAGAGUCGAAGGAAUCUGGGGAGAGGUUGACGGCCAUGGCGUUCCCUCCAUUGACACUAUUCCUGCUACUCUGGCCUGCAUGGCUGCGUUGAGGAGAUGGAACGUUGGAGAUGAAAACAUAGAGAAAGGUUUGGAAUUUAUUCAUGCAAAUGCAGAUAAGCUUCUUACAAGUCUGAGAACUCAUUGUCCUCGUUGGUUUGCCAUUGUUUUUCCAGCAAUGCUUGAACUUGCAGGCACAAAUGGUGUAAAUGUGGUAUUUCCCAACAGCAUACGUGCGGUGGUGACCCAAAUAUUCUCCCAUAGGCAAAUAAUCCUUAACACGGAAAAACUUGUUGAUGGGUACCACUAUCCUCCAUUAUUAUCAUUUUGUGAGAGUUUGCCCUCGUCCUGGUUUAUUAAUGAGGACAGAAUUCUUAAUCAUUUGGGCAAGGAUGGUUCAUUGUUCCAAUCACCCUCUGCCACUGCAAGUGCUUAUAUGGUCACUGGAAAUGAAGAUUGCAUUACUUACCUGAAAUGUCUUGUUCAGAAGUGCUCCAGUGGAGUUCCAGCUAUAUAUCCCAUGGAUGAGGAACUUAUAAAGCUUUGCAUGGUGGAUCAAUUGGAAAGGCUAGGGGUUGCCGAGCAUUUUACUAGGGAGAUCGAAGAAUGUUUGAAACUAGCUUACAUUAAUUACAAGAGUCAGGAACUGUCAGAACUCAAUUUAAAGCCAGCAAAGGUAUUCAAGGAUUCACUAGCAUUUAGGCUUCUGAGGAUGCAUGGGUAUAGGGUAUCACCAAAGAGCUUCUGUUGGUUUCUACAUCACGAGGACAUCAAAGGGUACUUGCAAAACAAUUUUGAAGAAUUCUCAAGCGUAAUGUUUAGCAUUUAUCGAGCAACGGAUCUUAUGUUUUCAAGCGAAUAUGAGCUUGAAGAAGCAAGAUCAUUUUCAAAGAAAUUACUAGAAAUGACUUUAUCUUCCAAAAGCAGGGGCGACAAUCUUAUCAUGUUCACAUCUCUUCCAAGAGUGAUUGAACAUGAGUUGAGUCUUCCUUGGAUUGCUCGAAUGGAACAUUUGGAUCACCGGCUAUGGAUUGAAGAAAAUGAAGUUUACCCUUUAUGGGUAGGAAAGGCCUCUUUCUAUAGGUUAUCAUGUCUUCACAAUGACGAGCUAAUGCGACUUGCUGUGAAAAAUUUUGAAUUUCGACAAUCAAUUUAUAGAAACGAACUAGAGGAGUUAAAGAGGUGGUCUAAGGAUUGGGGACUCACUAGUAUGGGAUUUGGUAGGGAGAAAACUUCCUACUGUUACUUUGGAGUAGCUUCCUGUUGUAGCUUGCCUCCUAAUUCUGAAGUGCGAAUGAUAGUUGCAAAAAGUGCAAUUGUUAUUACGGUGGCUGAUGAUUUUUUUGAUAUGGAAGGUUCCAUGAAUGAGUUAAUAAGUCUCACAGAAGCAGUUGGAAGAUGGGAUGGAAAAGGCUUGAGCAGUGCUACUAAGACUAUUUUCGAUGCCCUAAACAACAUUGUGAGUGAUAUUGCUACUAGACAUUUCCAUCAACAAGGAAGUGACAUAACAAAGGGUCUUCGAGAUAUAUGGUAUGAAACAUUUGGAUCAUGGCUGACAGAAGCUAAGAGAAGCAAAACUCAAUGCCUACCAUCCAUGGAUGAGUACCUCAAAACUGGGAUGGUAUCUAUAGCAAUCCAUACAAUAGUUCUUCCAGCAUCAUGCUUCUUCAACCCAAGCUUACCGAAUCACAAACUCAAGCCUUCCAAAUAUGAAACCGCCACAACUUUGUCCAUGCAGAUUGCUCGUAUGUUGAAUGACAUUCAAAGUUACCAGAAGGAGCUAGAGGAAGGGAAACUUAAUCUUGUUUUACUCUACUUGAAAGAAAAUCCUAAGGCAACCAUUGAAGAUUCAAUUGCAUAUGUGACAGAGAUACUUGAUAAAAAGAAGAAAGAGCUUAUUGAGGAAGUUUUGAUGGAUGGUUUGAGUGCAAAUUUGCCUAAACCGUCCAAACACUUCCAUCUAUCAUGCACCAAAGUGUAUCAAAUGUUCUUCUACUCCUCCAAUGGAUUCGAUUCCAACACCAAAAUGCUUCCUCACAUUCAAAGAGCAAUCUAUUUUCCUCUUCAAGUUUGUUCAGUGAUGUCUCCAUAA